AUGUGUAACGGAUGCGGAUGCUGUGGACCCUGUUUCUGCCCCAAACGCUAUCUAAUCAACAAGGAUAACGCACCCUGUGUUUGGUGUGCUCCGUGCAAAGCUCAUUGCUACAACACUCCUCCGAAAUGCUGUUGCUAG